CUGGCCAGCAGCACUCUGCCUUCUGCUCCGCUCAGCUCGACAUGUGUCACACCCGCAGCUCCCUGCCCGCAAUGACCGUCCUGCAAGCCCCCAAGUCCGCCUCCUCCACUAGCCCAGGACCCCGGCGGGGGUCCGGUCCCGAGAUCUUCACCUUCGACCCUCUCCCGGAGCCCGGAGUGGCCCCAGCCAAGCGCUUCAGCGCCUCUCGCGGGCACCGCAAGCGCAGCCGCAGGGUCCUCUACCCCCGAGUGGUCCGGCGCCAGCUGCCAGCGGAGGAACCAAACCCUGCCAAAAGGCUUCUCUUUCUGCUACUCACCAUCAUCUUCUGCCAGAUCCUGAUGGCCGAAGAAGGAGUGCAGGUGCCCCUGGACCUGGAGGACGCCCCCAGCAACGCUUCCCCCGCCCCCAUUCCUGCGCCUCCAGUUUUCGAGCCUCUUAACCUGACCUCAGAGUCCUCGGACUACGCUCUGGACCUCAGUACUUUUCUCCAGCAACACCCGGCCGCCUUCUGACAGUGACUUGAUAACCUCACCAUCAAAAAUAUGAAUCUGAAAAACCGUUGAAACACCAGGCGUACCUGGGGCACAAGGCCGUAUCCCAAAAUGGGACUCCCGAGGCAACUUGAACUCAGAACACUACAGUGGAGAAGCCAGCCGGUGCCUGGGGGAGAGGGAGACUGAGCAUAGACUCCCCCGGAUCUAAGCCCGGUGGGGAAAGAGCGUCGUUAAUUUAUUUUUAAUUGCUCCUAAUUAAUAUUUAUAUGUAUUUAUAUAUGUUCCCCUAGGUGAUGGAGGGGUGUAUGUGAUAUUUAUUUUAACUUAUGCAGGGUACGAGAUGUGACCCCCUGCUGGAAAUGCAGGUCUUUUGGUAUUUAUUGAGCUUUGUGGGACUGGUGGAGGCAGGGCGCCUAGGACUGAGGGAGACUAGAAGAAGGAAUGGAGAAGACUUGCGUUGGGUUUGGCGCCCAGGCUGGGAGUCAAGCAUGGUGGUGGGUUGUAGGUUUAGGGGGUGACACUCCGUCCUCCAACAUCUCAGCUCCGCGGGGCCUACUGUGUGAGGCCCUAGUGGACUGUUGGCGAUGAGUUCCGUGGUCUUCGAUCUCCCCGGAGUUGCCCCUAAGGGGUGGCUGUGGGGUCGGGGGUCAAUGGGCUGUCAGAGGGCGGCUGUUGGGGUCGCCCAGUAUGUUCUGUGAACACAAAUAAACUUGAUCUACUCUCAGCA